AUGAUCGAGAUUUCCAACAAGACUUCUUCCAUGGUUAAACCAGCUGAACGGACAUGGUCCGGUAAGCUGCCCUUAUCAGAACUAGACCAAACGGGUGUCACCGGUCAUAUCCCAACCUUUUACUUCUACACACAAUCCCCUCACGAUUGGACCACUAUUCUGCAAACCCUAAAGAGUUCACUCAGUUCAAUCUUGGUUCAUUUCUACCCUUUGGCUGGCCGUCUAUCCCCGGUUGCUGGAGGGCGUCUGGAGCUUGAUUGCAAUGCGGCUGGUGUGCAGUUUGUGGAAGCUUAUGCAGACAACAAACUUACUGAUCUGGAUACUUUCUUACCAUUGCCGAUAUAUCACCAACUUAUUCCUUCAAUAGAUUAUCAGAAUACACCUCAUGAGGAAAUCCCAUUGUUAGUUUUGCAGGUCACCAGGUUCGUUUGUGGAGGGUUCUGUCUUAGUUUGAGCAUGUCACACACUGUUGCCGACGGCGAAGGUGCACUCCACUUUACGUGCGAAUGGGCUAGGAUUUCUCGAGGUGAGUUGUUAGAGUCACCGCCAUAUCUUGAUAGAAAAGUUCUGCGAGCUGGGGAUCCUCCAAGGGCAAGCUCGAGUUUUGAACAUGCAGAAUCCAAUCCUCCACCGAUCCUUAUAGAACAGUCUGACAAUGAACCCGAGCAUGAGAAGAAAACCAAGGUCAGAAUGUUGAAAUUAACAGCAACCCAAGUAGAGAAAUUGAAGAAGAAAGCCAACAAUAGUUGGAAAAGGGAGAUGAGCCGUGGUUUUACACGAUAUGAGGUUAUAACCGCACACAUAUGGAGAACUGCAUGCAACGUUCGUAAUCACAAACCAGAGCAGCCAACCGCAUUGGCUAUUGCAAUGAACGUUAGAAGUAAGAUGAGGCCACCACUGCCAAGGGAGUACUUUGGAAAUGCUGUUAUCGAUGCGAUUGCUACCGGAUGCUCGGGGGAGAUAGUUUCAAAGCCUUUAGGAUAUAGUUCGAGUAAAAUACGAGAAGCGAUUGAAAGGGUUGAUGAUGAGCAUGUGAACUCAGUGAUAGACUUUCUGAAGGGUCAAGAAGACUUAUCAAAAUUCCGAGAAUUGAAAUCAAGAAGUAAUGGUGGAGGUUUUUGCGGCAAUCCAAAUCUUGGAGUGACAAGUUGGCUAACACUACCGAUCUAUGGUGCAGAUUUCGGUUGGGGGAAGGAGGUCCAUAUGACUCCAGGAACACAUGAUAAUGAUGGUGAUUCUUUGAUUCUUCAUGGCGAAGAUGGAGAUGGAUCCUUGGUUGUUGCAUUAUGUUUGCAGGUGAGGCAUAUGGAGGAUUUCCAGAAGCUGUUCUACCAAGAUAUUGAUAUGGAACGAUGA